CAUUCACAGCCACCUUCUGGAUUACUACGGACAAGCUCGAGGUCUUCGGACGGAAAAGCAAAGGAGGAGUGCGCUCAGUAACCGGCCCGACAAAAGUUAUGAAAAUGUCAGCAGAGGCGAUCAUCAAGGAGGGAGAGCUGGAGAAGAGGAGUGAAAACCUCCUCCAGUUCUGGAAGAAAAAGACGUGUGUCCUGACCAAGGACAGCCUCAACAUCUACGCGGACACGCAGAAGCGCUCGAAGGGCAAAGAGCUCAAGCUUCAGUCCAUCAAGAAGGUGGACUGCGUGGAGCGCACCUGCAGGUUCAUCUAUUUUACCAUCGUGACCAACGAUGACAAAGAGAUCGAUUUCCGGUGCUCCCUGGAGCAGAACUGCUGGAACGCAGAGAUCGCCAUGGCCCUGAUUGAUUACCAGAACAGAAAGGCCCUCCAGGACUUUAAGACGCGCCAAGACAACGAGAGCGCAUCGCCCGGACAGGAGAGGCGCAUGGCCAGGGCGCCUUGAGCCGCUCCAGGGCGCAGGCUCGGAACUACUCCAAAUAUGAGUCUACACGGACCAUUGAGGAAAAAAAAAAAAACGGACCAAAAAGGAAGACUAGGUCAUCCGGUCCAGAGAUGAAGGACUGUUUGGGAUUGAGCUCUCUCAGACGGGACAACUGAUCCAAACCGACACGCGUACUUUCAGAAGCUUAAAAAGCGGACUGAACACUUGAACCGUCAGAACUAUUUCAUGUUUACUCUUUAGAGAGACGGCGCCUGAAACCAUGCUAAUUUAUUUUGUUUCCAGGAUGUAUGGUGUUACUGGCAAACUAUUGUGUUUAAAUUAUUUUUGUGCUUAAAUGUAUUUAUUUAAAUAAAUAUCGAUUUGCUUUUGACAUAA